AUGCGAUUAUCAGCAUUAUCUUUCUUCAUUCCCCUGGUCACAUUCCUGUUGACCGGGCCAGUUAUGGCCACUAAGCUGAUUCAGUCGUCUGCUCUAUUAACUUGUAUGGCCAAUUCACAAUUCACCGCAUCAUCUUUCGAUGUGACAUUCUAUCCAGACAACAAGACUGUCAAUUUCGACAUCACUGCUAUUUCGACUAUUUCUGGUAACGUUACCGCCAAUAUCGAAGUCAUUGCUUAUGGUAUUACCAUUAUCAACAGAAACGUCAACCCAUGUGAUAUUAGCAGUUUGAAGCAACUGUGUCCUAUCUCAGCUGGUCAUUUUGAUAUUAGUUCAAGUCUCCAACUUUCUAGUGAUAUAGUCAACGGCAUCCCUGGUAUCGCAUUCACAAUCCCUGAUUUGGACGGUGUGGUCCGAGUCACUGUGUUCAAUGAAGGCGAGACUUCGAAUCCAAUUGCCUGUGUCGAAGCUACUCUUACUAAUGGCAAAACUGUGCAGACGAAAUAUGCCAGUUGGGGUAUUGCUGCAGUUAUUGUUCUUGGUCUGCUCACAUCUGGUAUCAUUUCCAUCAUGGGCCAUCAAAGUGCUUCAUCCCACAUCUCUUCAAACACUCUUUCUUUGUUCGUUUAUUUCCAAUCAGUGGCUAUUGUUAGUAUGAUGGCUGUUAAUAGACUGCCUCCUAUGGCCGCCGCUUGGGCUCAGAAUUUCCAAUGGACUAUGGGCUUAAUGCGACUGGGGUUCAUGCAGGACAUUUUCAACUGGUACGUCCAGUCUACUGGUGGUACUGCUACCAACAUUCUACCUAACAAGAACAUCAUCUCUAUUGAAGUCCAGAAACGUGACUUGACUGGUAUUGUACCUAGUCUUGGCAAUUACGUUUCCGACCAUGUUCGUAGGGGUAUUGCUAGAAACAUGUAUCGAAGCAUGGAGACUCAGAUGAAUACUUAUCUUCCUACUGCUCAGAGACUUGUAUUGAGAGCUGCUGCCGCUGCUGCAAAUACUACAACAAAUGAUCCAGUUACUGGUGACGAGAAAGACCCUAAUAUUGCUGCAAAGACUUUGGUCUUGAGAGGUAUGGAACGAGUUGCCUACCUUGCCAAUAUAGAGUUGUCAAGUCUGUUCUUGACGGGUCUUACCUUUUUUGUGGUGUUGGGUAUUUUCUGUGUUCUUGCCAUUGCUAUUGUAAAGGGAGUCAUUGAACUGCUUGCCAAGACAGGCUCUAUUCAUCCUGACAAGUUUGCAUCUUUCCGUCAAGGUUGGUUGGGUAUAAGCAAGGGUGUUUUGUUCAGAUUGGUAUUGGUUGGUUUCCCACAAUUGUCUGUUUUGUGUUUGUGGCAGUUGACUGAGCGUGAUUCGCCCGCUACUGUCGUUUUAGGAAUUCUCGUGUAUCUUCUGGUGUUGUUGGUGCUAGGAUUUGCUGCUUUUAAGGUAAUCACUAUUGCACGACGUUCGCUUGCUGAGUAUAAGAACCCAGCCUACAUCCUUUUCUCUGAUCAAUCUGUUCUUGACAGACUUGGUUUCUUGUACAUCCAAUUCCGAGCCACUGCUUACUAUUUCAUUGUGCCUCUGCUUGCAUACACCCUGUGGAAGGCCUGUUUCAUUGCGUUUGGCCAACCAUCGGGCAAAGCUCAAGCUGUUGGUGUGUUUUUGGGAGAGCUGGGCUUUUUGGUGGGUAUUGCAUGGAUGAAGCCAUACAUGGACAAGACGACCAACGGAUUCAACAUCGCCAUUGCCGCUAUCAACUUCAUCAACUCGAUCUUUUUCCUGUUCUUCUCGCAACUUUUCGGACAACCACCAGCUGUUGGCUCGAUUAUGGCUGUUGUAUUCUUUGUUCUCAACGCUGCUUUCUCGCUGAUUCUGCUCAUUAUGAUUAUUGUAUCAUGUGUAUGGGCCAUUAUGUCCAAGAACCCCGAUACCAGAUACCAGCCCAUGAGAGACGACCGUGAGUCAUUUAUGAAAGACAACACGGGCAUUGAAAAGAAGCGAGGCACCGAGCUCGAUGCUCUAGGAGUGACAGCUCGUGACGGCUACGAAGAAGGCCAGCGAGCAAGUGUGUACGACUCCGAAGAAGCUUCACCUUCCGAGUACGCAUCCAAGACAUCGCUCCCAUACUCGAGCACCAACGAAGAGGCAUUCCCUCAAGCUCGACUAUCACGCAAGGGCGACAGACCGGCGAACCCGUUCGGCGACAGCUACGAAAACAACUACAGCUCGAGCAGUCUAGACCUGGGUGCUGGCGGCCACUUCCCACAAAACACCACCUACAGGGGCUACUACCCCGCCGACGAGUCUCCACAGUCCUCGGCAUGGCCCCAAGGUCGUACUCAAAGAUUCUAA